GCCGCUGCUUCUCAAAUUGAUGGAUAUGGAGGAGGCCAGGCAAUGUCGUUCUGCCAUCUUCCUCACGUCCUUCCUCUCCCUCGCCUUUCUCAUAUGGCCGAUUCCAAUGCCGGCCGCCACCAAGGAGAUGAGGUCCAUCUACGCCGGCACGAGGGUCAAGCUGGUACGGUUGGGCCGGCCGGCGUUCGGCCCUGAGAGCCUCGCUUUUGACCACCGUGGCGGUGGCCCGUACACCGGGGUUUCCAAUGGCCGCAUCCUCCAGUGGAAGGGCAAUCGCCGCCACCUCGGCUGGACCGAGUUCGCCCACAAUUACAAGCACAGGACCGUGGUGGAGUGCGCAGCGAAGAAGAAGCUGGUGGAGCCCGAUGGCUCGUGCGGGCGGCCGCUGGGCCUGCAAUUCCACCGUGCGUCCGGUGAUAUGUACAUCGCCGACGCGUACCUGGGGCUGAUGAGAGUGGGGCGAGGCGGCGGGCUGGCAGAGGUGGUUGCCACGGAGGCCGGCGGCGUGCCCUUCAAGUUCCUCAACGGGGUCGACAUCGACCAGGAGACCGGGGACGUCUACUUCACGGACAGCAGCACCAUCUACCAACGGAGUGAGUACCUGCUGGUGGUGCUGAGCGGCGACGCGACGGGGCGGCUCAUGAGGUACGACCCACGGACGGGCGACAUCACCGUGCUCAGGUCCGGCCUGGCCUUCCCCAACGGCGUGGCCAUCAGCACCGACCGUACACACCUCAUCGUCGCCGAGACGUCGCCAUGCAGGCUUCUCCGACACUGGCUGCACGGACCCAUGGCAGGGGAGACUGAGGUGCUUGUUGAGCUGCCGGGGUACCCGGACAACGUGCGGCCCGACGGAGGCGACCGGGGCGGGUACUGGGUGGGAUUUAACCGAGACAAGCAGUGGGAAGAGAACGGGACCACGGCCAACUCCAUGAGCGCCGUCAGGGUCGACGUCACCCGAGACGCCAAGAACGGCACGGUGGCUGUGGCGUUGCGUGGGUACGGUGACGCCACGGUUAGCGAGGUGGUGGAGCGGAACGGGUCUCUGUGGAUCGGCUCCAUCGACACGCCCUACAUCGGCCUCUUGAAGCUUGCACCUCUCUAAUGCAUAAGCGCAUGUACAAUGAAGGCCGCACUUUAGUUCUGCCCCGGUCAUCCACAUAGAUAAAUUUCAAUGAAGCUACUCGUGUGUGCCAUAAUCACCCAGAAAGCUACUUUAUGUGA